AUGGCGCCUGUUUUGGUCCUAGUGCUCUGCCUCUCCAGUUUGCUUCUCCUUUCCCUGUGGAAACAGAGCUACAGGAAAGGAAAGCUCCCACCUGGCCCCACUCCUCUCCCAAUUAUUGGAAACCUCCUACAGUUAGAUAUGAAAGACAUGAACAACUCCUUCAGAAAUUUCUCAAAAGCCUAUGGCCCUGUGUUCACUCUGUAUUUUGGCAUGAAACCCACAGUCGUGUUGCAUGGCUAUGAAGCAGUGAAAGAAGCUUUGAAUGAUCUGGGAGAGGAGUUUUCUGGAAGGAGUGAUUACCCAUUGAUUGACAAAGCUAAUAAAGGACUUGGAGUCGUUUUCAGCAAUGGAAAGACAUGGAAGGAAACCCGUCGCUUCUCCCUCAUGACCCUGCGGAAUUUCGGGAUGGGAAAGAGGAGCAUGGAGGACCGAGUUCAGGAAGAAGCCCAGACCCUAUUGGAGGAGUUGAGAAAAACCAAUGCUUCACCCUAUGAUCCCGCUUUCAUCCUUAAAUGUGCUUCCUGCAAUGUGAUCUGCUCCAUACUUUUCAAGAGUCGUUUUGAUUAUGCAGAUCAGAUUUUUCUUAACUUGAUGGAAAAAUUUGAAGAAAACAUCAAGAUUCUUAACACCCCAUGGAUUCAGGUCUGCAAUAUUUUCCCCAUACUCCUUGAUUAUUUUCCAGGAAGUCAUAACAUAUUUUUAAAAAAUUAUAAUGAUGUAAGACAUUUUAUUUUGGAGAAAAUUAAAGAACACCAGCAAUCUUUGGAUUUAAACAACCCUCAAGACUUUAUUGAUUGUUUCCUCGUCAAAAUGGAACAGGAAGAGCAUAAUCAACAGUCUUCAUUUACUGUUGAAAAUUUGGUGAACACUGCAAAUGACCUGUUUGGAGCUGGGACAGAGACGACAAGCACCACCCUGAGAUAUGGUCUCCUGCUGCUGAUGAAGCACCCGGAGGUCGCAGCUAAAGUGCAGGAAGAGAUUGAUCGUGUGGUUGGCCGACACAAGAGGCCUAGCAUGCAAGACAGAGGCAGGAUGCCCUACACAAAUGCCGUGUUGCAUGAGAUGCAGAGAAUCGUUGACAUUGUGCCCAUGAACCUGCCCCAUGCUGUGAACCAUGGCAUUCAGUUCAGAAACUACUUCAUCCCCAAGGACUUUGAUAGCAAAGUAAUUCUAGCCUCAUAG